ACCCCAAAUCUCUAGAAGUUGCAGAGUAACUAAAAGAGAAAAAGAAUGAAAUACCGGUACGCUAUGGUGUGUUCAUCGAAUCAGAAUCGAAGCAUGGAGGCUCACUCUCUCCUAAAGCUUCAAAACUUCGAUGUGUUCUCAUACGGAACAGGGUCUCACGUUAAGCUCCCUGGACCUUCUCUACGGGAACCUAACGUCUACGAUUUCGGAACUCCUUAUAAGCAAAUGUUUGAUGAUCUCCGGCGCAAAGACCCCGAACUUUAUAAGAGAAAUGGAAUAUUGCCGAUGCUUAAAAGGAAUUUAUCUGUCAAAUUGGCUCCGCAACGAUGGCAGGAUAAUGCGGCUGAUGGUUCUUUUGAUGUCGUUUUCUCGUUUGAAGAAAAGGUUUUUGAUAUGGUUCUUCAAGAUCUGCAUACUCGGGACCAUGUUCUCAUGAAAAGUACUCUGGUGAUAAACUUGGAAGUGAAAGAUAAUCAUGAGGAGGCAGCUAUCGGAGCUCGACUUACGUUAGAGUUGUGCCAAGAGAUUGAAGCAGCAGAAUCAUGGGAAGAGUCAAUUGAUGAGAUCAUAACUGGAUUUGAAACUAAGCAUAGGCGCAAGCUUUUGUAUAGUGUCUCCUUCUAUUGAAGAAUGCAAUGCUCUAGUCCUGCUAACUGUGUAGGUGGCUCUGGCAACGCUGUUAUACAAUGCUGUCCCAUAGAAAUUGCUUCAUUAAUAUAAAAAAAAGUGCAUCGCAGAGGGACAGUUCUGACCUAGUAUUUAUAUGUGAUAUGCGACAAUCUUUCUUCUGCUUCAUCUAUGUGAUAAAAAUAGUUAAAUCUGAGUAGUUUGAGCCCUGUGUACAAGUUUAGAGGCGAUUUGACCUAAAAUUAGAGACUUUUGUCUCCAAUUAAUAAAAAGAGUCAAGUUUGAGUUA